GAAAUAUUAAGAAAAUAAAGAAACUUUUGAAAAAAAAUUAAUCAAACGCCAAUUCAUCUUACGUUUCUAAUUAAAAUUUACAUUUAUUCAUAUUUAGGUUAAAUUCAAUUGAAAUCAAUUGACAUUUAAUUUAUUUGAACAUCAAUAUAAUAGAGAUGGCAACCUCUUUUCAAACGCAAAUUCUAAGCGUUUUAGGAAACAAGACAAAAUAUUUAAUGGAAUUAAAGAAGACAUUUGCUCGCCCAUUGAUACAACUUGCAGUAAGAGAUAUAAAGCUAGAACACAUAGAAGAAGGUAUAUUGGAGCGGAUAAGCAAAAAAUAUAAUAUACCUGAAGAUGAUAUAGAUGAAUAUUAUGCUGCUAUUCUUGCAAUUUUGAAAACACAUUUUCGUUUGCAGUGCCAUACUAUUAAACCUACAGAGUUCAAGCAAUGUUUGGAGGAAUUAAAAUUAGCUCCAGAUUGUAUAGAAGAUUUAUCUUCUGUUAUUUAUGGUCCAAAACAGUCUGAUUUACUAUCAGGUUUAAUUCAAAGGACUAAGUUUAAUCCACAGUUGAUAUCAUGCAGAUGGCGUGUGGAUAUUAUUAUUUCUUCCAACAUAUUAAAUAGAGUGUUGGAACCAAACGUUAUCAUGGAAUGGAUCUUCAAUACAGGAGAAUGUAUAAUAUUUGAAUUGUCCUUGGCAAAGUUUCAUCAAUUAAGGCAUACCAUAGCUACUAUCCUCGUGGAAUUGCAAACACUAGAACGGCAUAGUAUUUUUAAAACUAUCCAUUCUAGUUGACAACGAUAAAUGCGAUAAUUUAUUAUCGAAAAUCUUCAAAAUUUGUACGUCAGCUAUUCUUAAUAUUGUAAUAUUAUAUAAAUUUAUUAAUAUAAAAUUAUUACCUUUAUUUUUAAGAUAUUAAUUGCAAUAUAUAAUGUAUAUUAUAUUAAAAUAAGUUAUAAUUAUAUCAGAA